AUGAUCGAGUUUCUACAUCGGCAUGAGCUGAGUUUCCAGCAGGUCGUGGGCAACUGCCAGCUAGGCUGCUUCGCCGGAGACUUUGUGCUUCCAGGUGGUGCGACUGUCUCUCACCCGGACCUUGUCAGUGGCUUCACAGCCGAGCCGGACUGCCCUCUGGGCUAUGCAAUAGGCAAGGUGACGAUCGUGUGCGUGAACGGCAACAUGGAGGUCCAGAGCGGAACCUGCGACGCCCACUGCCAGGCCGGGCGGUUUCAGGGUCCGACUGGAUACUUGGUCAAUCACCUAGAGAUCCAGCACAACGAGACGCGACUGGUUGCCUGUCCAGCAGGCUACAUCGGUCAGCUCCGACUACGGUGCCUUGCUGGGGCCGUUGGCAUCGAGACGGGCCAGUGCUUGCGCAACUGUAUCGAGGGUGCCACGAACCUGAGGGAUGACGUGAUUUUUGGCUACGGCGACAUGGAGCAUGGAGAAGUUAGCCGGGAGAUGAAGUGCCCUGUAGGCUACGUCGGCUCUGUCCGUCUGCUCUGCACGGACAGUGUUGUGUCCGUGGCUUCCGGCCAGUGCCUGGCCCACUGCGGCGCCGGCGUUGCUCAGGGAGCCGAGUUCUUCGGAUUGGAACACGAAGAUUUCGUUUCCAUUGUUUGUCCGGAGGUUGGCGAGAUCAAAGUUCGCUGCUUUGACGGCGAGGUGGAGGUCGUUGAAGGUCAGUGUUUGUAUGGCUGUUCGGCGGGAACCGUUGUCGAUCCCAACGGUGUGGAUCUUAGGUACCCGGCCUUUCCGCACGGCACCGGGAUCAAUGGCACCUGCAGUGGCCUCGGUGUGGGCACGGUGGAGUUGCAUUGCAACAACACUGUCGUGGGUUUAGCUGGUGAGGGCACCUGCCAAAGGCACUGCCCUCCGCAAUUCACCGAGUCAAGGGACGGGUCGAACGUCUCCGUGCCCUACAUCGAGCAUUUGCAACAGGCCUCCGUGCAGUGUCCCAAUGGUCAGGCCGGGGUUUUGGCAGUGCGCUGCACGGACUUCGUGUCUUCGGUCUUCGACGGAAUUUGCGGCGACAUGAACUGCCGAGCCGGAGAGGUCGACACAAACGGCGCACUGGUUGCAUAUCCUGCCAUCAACGACAAGCGCAAUGCUGGACCAGGAGAUUGCGGCGAGGAUUUUCUGGGAGAGCCAGUGUUCUACUGCAGUGAUGGCGUCGUGUCUGUCCUGGCCGUGAACCUGAUCCGACAGCCACGCAUUCCCGGCGUCGACAACGUCAGCGAAAUAGGCUCGAGUUACAACUUCACCGAGGAGGAUCGCUUCAAGCUCUGCGGGUGCUGCAGUCCACCCCCGGCUUUGCCGGACAUCGCAGCACUGGAGGGCCUGGACUCCAUGGUCGUGAUCUAUUGGGCGGUGGCAGUUGGAGGAGCCGGCUUUCUUGUAGCCACCGCAUCUGGGUAUUGGAUCUACAAGAAGAGGCCACCGAAGGUGAGCAAGGUCACCCCGGAGGAUGGGCUGGGAGCUGGAUCCUCGCUCGCGAUCCAGGACAACCCGCAGCUCACCAGCAAGGAGCUUGCUCUCAGAGAUGCCGCGAUGUCCGAGCGGGAUUUGGCGCUUGCGCUCAAGGACGUGCCCGCCCGGCCUGGGCUGCAGGACAGCGCGUUGCAGAGCCAGGUGAGUGUUGACCCGGACGGCAGGCGAUCCUCAGCCGCCUACACAGCUCGCACUCAGGCCUCGCAGCCGGAUUCCUUCAGCCAAAUUCCCAGGAAUCCGCAGCUCCUGAAACCUGCGCGAGAAGGCACCUCAAAGGUUGCUGCUAUGUCUAUGUUCGACGACGACCUUGGCCAGGAGCUGCAAACAGAGGAAGCUGUCAAGCCGAAGUCCUCCUUGAAGCCUCGUCGGGGCAGCCGGCGACAGAGUCGGCGAGUCAGUCAGGCAGGGGUCGAUGCUGCCGUGGCCGCGGCGGUGGGAGAGAAGUCGGAGGCCCCGGGCAACAACGGCGACAACAUCGGCAAGGCCCUGUCAAAGAUCACGGGCCAGGCCAAAGCCUUAAAGUUUGCAAUGGACCUGGCACAGAAGGCAUAUGAUGCCCGAGAUGAAGAGGAGGACGACGACUUCCAUGUGGAUUGCGAAGAGUCUGAUGAGGAUCCGGAAGAGAGGAGGCAGGAUUCUGAAGUCGAGAAGCUUCGCCAGCGAGCGAAGUCUGAGCCGGACGCGAAGGAAGAACUGGAGAUGGCGGAGCUCUUCACAAACUUGGAGAGCCCCACCUUUCAGCCUGCUCCGCUGCAUGUCCGCGGUCUAUGCCAGGGCGCAAAGCGUGCCUGUGAGCGAUCUUUGGCGGUGGAGGAGCAGCGCCUCGCGGUGGCGGAGAUGCUGGGCCAGACGCAGGGUGGAGAGUCCACUGCUCGGAUUGGCUAG